CUAGUCUUGACUGUGGCCGCCCUUGGAGCCACCAGUCAACUGAGACAUUGGCCAUGAAGCAGACAACUUUCGACAGCGGGCGGACGUCGAAGAUGGGGGAGAUCCGGAGGCGUAGACCGGUCUUCUUUUAUUCCCUGGAAACUUUUCUGAUCACCAGUUUUUGGUCUGGAGCUAGUGGGUUGUUAGGCGGUUACACGACGACACCUUGACACGACAGGCUGGAAUGAUUCGACAUCGGGGGAAAUGCGGGGGGUGGUGAAAACCUUGUUGGUCCAUGGAGGAGGGAGCUGUCGGCCACCACCGCCGCUUGCACCCUGCCAUGAAUCGGGCAGCUCUUUCGGCGGCGUUCCUGUAGUACGACGAGCCGCCGGGUUUGGUGUGGGUGCCGGAGCGGAAGGGGGCGGAGGCCGGAAUAGGGGUCAACAAAGGGUAUAAUAACCCAGUACGAAGCACAACUCAACAGAGGAUCAAUUCCACCCUUGGAGCAGCUCACAGGAAAAACAGGGGGUUUUUCGAUAGGAAUAUUUUCACUGCAGUCACAGCCACUACGCCAACAACAACAACAACAACAACAACAACAACAACAAUGGGUUCAAGAGGCCAGCAGAUCUUCCGGACGACCAUGUUCAAGGUCCCCGAUCCGGCGAACCAGAAGAAGUUGGUGGAGAUGUACAACAAGCUUGCUGAGGAGCAGAAGAAGGACGGCAAGCCGUACAUCCUCUACGCCUGCGCCGGCACCGCGAAUCCGGAUCAGAGAUCGAAGGGGUAUACCGUUGUGGCAAACAUGAAGUUUGCCAGUUUGGAUGAUAUGAAUUAUUAUGACAACGAGUGCCCCACGCAUGCGGCGUUGAAGAAGGCCGGGGCUGGGUUGGGGGUGGAGGAGCCGCCUUUGGUGGUGUACUUUGAGGGAACGCCGGCGUUGAUGGUGAACUAG